CUGCCUUCUGUAGGUGAUUCGCUUACUUGGGUUCAGCCCCGCUCCUGCCGACGUCUAGAAGCCUGCACCCAAUGGACGCCCGGAGGUUGGUCUCCCCAAAGCCGUCUCCUCCCCCUAAUCCUGGAAGCUUACGUUAAACCGGCUCAGAGCCACGAGGCACGCUGGGGUGGUUCCCCCAGGGCUAGAAGCAGCCACGUUCCAGCAUCCCGGGCCGCCGCCCUCCGCAGCCAGGGGCCUGAUCCCCCUCUCCCAGGAGCUCCGUUUCCCAGCUCCCCAGACGCAAGCUCCCAGCCCUCGGAUUCCAGGACCCAGGCCCCCUGGCCCCCUGCCUCCCGAUUAGGCAUCCCGGAUCUGCGCCAUCAGGAGCCAGCCUCAAGAAGACCUCUGGCGUGUGGGCGCCUUUAACCUGCCGGACCCCAAGUUCCGUCCUGAGAACUCCUGUAUUCCCAAUCCCCAAAGCCAAGAAACCGGUUCUCCCAGCUUUGGGGCGCCCGGGCACAAGCUGGAAGAGCGGAGUUGUGCCAGCGCCCAGCCGAAGGAUCCCGGACACUCCCGCUUGCCAGCCGGGGAAGCGAGCGAGGCGCGGUGCGUCAAGACUCCGAGGAACUCCUCGAAGUUCCAGCCUCCAGGCUGUGGUGCUCGACUCCCACUUCGAAGGAACGUGGCGGGAAGGAGCCCCGAGCGUUUCCAGAUUCCGGGCGCUGAGAAGUCCGCGCUUUCAUCAUGGUGGCCGAAGCACCUAGGGAAGCCCUCAAGGGCUUCGCGGCGGCGGAGCCCCCCGCCAACGGGGACCCAGUGCUAGUCUCGAUGGAGGACCCCAGCGCGGCGGGAGGCGGCUGCUGCCGUUCCCGGGACCAGGUGCGCCGCUGCCUGCGGGCCAACCUGCUGGUGCUGCUGACGGUGGUGGCCGUAGCGGCGGGCGUGGCGCUGGGGCUGGGGGUGUCCGCGGCGGGCGACUCGCUCGCGCUGGACCCCGCGCGCCUGGCGGCCUUCGCCUUCCCCGGCGAGCUGCUGCUGCGCCUGCUGAAGAUGAUCAUCCUGCCGCUGGUCAUGUGCAGCCUGAUCGGCGGCGCCGCCAGCCUGGACCCGAGCGCGCUCGGCCGACUGGGCGCCUGGGCGCUGCUCUUCUUCCUGGUCACCACGCUGAUGGCUUCGGCGCUCGGCGUGGGAUUAGCGCUGGUUCUGCAGCCGGGCACCGCCUUCAACGCCUCGAUGGGGUCCGCAGGCAGUGGAGAAGAGGCCCCCACCAAGGAGGUGCUCGAUUCAUUCCUGGACCUUGUGAGAAAUAUCUUCCCUUCCAACCUGGUGUCUGCAGCCUUCCGCUCAUACUCCACCUCCUAUGAAGAGAAAGAGAUCAGCGGAAAGUUGGUGAAGGUGCCCAUAGAAACAGAGGUGGAGAGCAUGAACAUCCUGGGCCUGGUGGUGUUCGCCAUUGUCUUUGGUGUGGCCCUGCGGAAGCUGGGGCCGGAGGGCGAGCUGCUCAUACGUUUCUUCAAUUCCUUCAAUGAUGCCACCAUGGUGCUGGUCUCCUGGAUCAUGUGGUAUGCCCCAGUGGGCAUCUUGUUCCUGGUGGCCAGCAAGAUUGUGGAGAUGGAGGACGUGAAGCUGCUCUUCACCAGCCUCGGCAAGUACAUCCUGUGCUGCCUGCUGGGCCACGCCAUCCACGGGCUCGUGGUGCUGCCUCUCAUCUACUUCCUGUUCACCCGCAAAAACCCCUACCACUUCUUGUGGGGCAUCACCACAGCGCUGGCCACGGCCUUCGGGACCUCUUCCAGCUCCGCCACGCUGCCGCUGAUGAUGAAGUGCGUAGAGGAGAGGAACGGUGUCACCAAGCACAUCAGCCGCUUCAUCCUCCCCAUCGGCGCCACGGUCAACAUGGACGGCGCGGCGCUCUUCCAGUGCGUGGCCGCCGUGUUCAUCGCGCAGCUCAACAAGCGGUCCCUGGACUUCGUGAACAUCAUCACGAUCCUGGUCACGGCCACCGCAUCCAGCGUGGGCGCUGCGGGCAUCCCGGCUGGAGGCGUCCUCACCUUGGCCAUCAUCCUUGAGGCGGUCAACCUGCCCGUUCACUACAUCUCCUUGAUCCUGGCGGUGGACUGGCUGGUCGACCGAUCCUGUACCGUCCUCAACGUGGAAGGUGACGCCUUUGGGGCGGGCCUCCUCCAGAAUUACGUGGACCGUUCAAACUCACAGAGCUCUGUGCCCGAAUUGAUCCAGGUGAAGAGUGAGACGCCCCUGGCUCCACUGGCAGCCUCUCCUGAGGAGGGGAACCCCCUCCUCAAAUACCAUCCAGGACCUGCUGGGAAUGCUGACCCUUGUGAGAAAGAAUCAGUCAUGUAAACUCCAGGGGGGACCUUCCCUGCCCCAACGGAAACACAUCAGGAUCAUGUGAGAUGGAUAAAAGGACAAACGUGACGUGACCCUGGGAUCACUGCCCAGAGCCUCAGGAGCAAGAGGCUGCUGAUCCCCUCCCCAACAUCAGACCUGGAAGGUGUCGCUGCCGGAGAUGUAUGUGUACCAAUGUGUACAGGUGUGUCUCCCCAGACCUUCCCGGUCCUCAGCUGCUGUCCCCAUCCAAGAUUAGGAAACAGCAAGAUGGAGAAACAGUGCCUGGGAGCCUGCCAUCUUGGGCACGGGCCUCAAGUCUCAACGGGUCAGCCGCUGAGAUUCUUCCCUUUUUGAGACAAUGGCUUUCAGCGUGGAGCAGCUCCUUUGCCGGUCGUUUUUGGUGGUGCCUGUCUCUGAUGUGUGUGCAUGGGUUGUAGGACUGUCCACGGUACAUCCCGUCCUGGCCCCAGGCCCCCUCCGUCCCCUCCUAGUCACAGAAACUCCCCUGGGAACUAAUCGGGGCGGAGGCGAAUGGGGUAAAUUUUGCCGUCUCUACACUACACUAGACACUUUCAGCAAUGAAAUGACCAAGCUGUCUAAUCAGACCUUUGUGAGAAUUUGACUAAAAGCACUCGCCACACAGGAAAAUAAAAACGCAUG